CCAGUUAAAACCACAAAGGGCGAGGAGGAAGUCACCAUCAAGUCAGAAAAAUAACUGCUUCGCUAAUACAUUUGAAUUUUCUUUUUUGUAUUUUGUAGGACCUGAGUUGAGCCGACAUAAAUUCACUUCUGAAAUACAGGAAUCUAACAUUAGUAAAGUUAAUUAUCUCAUUGGCACGAAGUGUAGUCUCCAGCAUGUACAUGUGGUUGCUGCUGAUAAACAAACUGUUUAGUCUUCCACAGUAACAGUUGGAAAUAUGAAGUGAAGGAUAUGCCUGAUAAUUUCCCACUUGGCUGACUUCCAGGAAAACGGUGAUCUUUUUGGGGAAAAAGAAUAAUUUACGACUUAAAAUUUUAGACUAAGCAAGGAGAAACAAAGUGAAAUGGACUCAUCUAUUCCUAAUCUUGUCACCGCGUAUGAAGAAUUUAAACCAUCACCAGAAAUUGACAUUGCUCCAGGUGAAAGAAGAAAAUUUAUACAGCCAAAUUCACUAAAGAAUCCUAAAUUUGACCAAUUAAUGACGUUUCUCAUUGACUGGAUCAAUGCUACACUGAAGCAGGAUCAUAUUGUUGUCCAAUCACUGGAGGAAGACCUAUAUGAUGGAUUAGUGCUGCACCAUCUGCUAGCACAUUUAGGAAAUAUCAAGCUGGAUGUGGAGGAAAUUGCAUUGUCUGCCAAUGCACAGAAACAGAAAUUGCGUGUUAUAUUGGAUACCAUAAACCAACUUCUACAAAUUACAGAUGAUGACAAUCUGAACUGGAGUACUGAAUUAAUCUACAAAAAGGACUUAGUCUCCACUUUGCAUCUGUUGAUCGCCAUUGCAAAACACUUUGAUCCUGACAUUGACCUUCCGAAAAACGUGUGCGUGGAAACAUUAAUCCUUGAGAUUGACAAAGCAGGAGUAAAGACGGUAAAACAGUUGGAAUAUUUCACAAGUGAAAGUGAUGAUACAGAACAAGACCAAAAUCCAGAAGCUGAUGGCAUUAAUGACCUCUUUAAACUUGGGCCUGACAAAGUGAACAUAGUACAGCAGGCAAUGCUUCAUUUCACUAAUAAACAUCUGGGUAGUUUGGGUGUGGUUGUGAAAGACCUCACCACACAGUUUUCCAAUGGGGUGAUCCUGAUUCUGUUAAUUGGGCAGCUAGAAGGCUAUUUCAUUCACUUGAGCGAAUAUUUUUUAAAUCCUUCAGAUUAUAAUGAAAAGCUUUACAAUGUUACGUUUGUCGUGGAGCUUCUUAAAGAGAGAGAACUGUUGAAGCACCCAAUUGAUCCUGCAGAUAUUGUAAAUAUGGACAGUAAAGCCAUGACCCGAAUCUUACAUUGCUUGUUUACAAAGUACAAGGACAAGUGAAGGAGAGCAUAGCACUUCCUAGCAGCACGAAAGCAGCCUUCAAAUGUGUUAAUUGCAGCAAGUCAAUCGAGUGGAAAAACAUUAUAACACAGAGAUUUAGAGAUUUGUACAUAAUUUGCUGAACAAAUUCCUAAAACAACUGCCUUUUUUUAUCUUUUCAGAACUAGGCAAAAUUAUCAAGCAGCUCAUUUUUUAGGAAUGUUGAGACUUUACAAUUUUUAUACAAUUUGUAAAUCGACAACAAAGAGUGAAAUCAUUGUAAUAUAAAAGGUUCCAAUGACAAGGCACCUGAUUAACACAAAGGAAUUAUAUCGAGAACAUUAAAACUUGAAUUUCACGAA